AUGAGUGCACCUGCGUCGAUUCCGCGCGUGGUCGAUAAUGACAGCGACAGUGACGACGACGUGCCGCUGUCGUCGUUACGGGCCAACAAAGUGGCUACAGACGAGGUGAAAGUGGCUACAGACGAGGUGAAAGUGGCUACACACGAGGUGAAAGUCGAAGCACUUCUGAAUGGAGCAGAAACGAUGAAGCGACAGACGGCGUUUGAGAGCGACAGUGAGGAUGAUGUUCCGAUUAGUGGAUUGAUGAAGCGUCAGAAGCUGAAAGUGGAGUCAAAAGUGAAGCAGGAGCAGGUGGGAGGGGCGACUCCUCGCUCGGUGACGUCGAAAAGCACGUCACGCAAAGGAAAGAAGAGAGUGAUGAAGAUCAAGAUUCGACAACAAGAGUGUACGGAGGAGCUGUAUGAGUCGCUGAAGGGCAGACUCGCACAGGAACUGCUGUGUCGCUGGUGGUACGCGAUGGAGUGGCCACCAGUAAAGAAAUCGGGAUCCAAACUACACGGUGUGCAACAGCUCGAUGGGUUUCCUGGCGCCUAUAUUCGCGUGAAGGGUGACGAUUUGGGCUCGAUUAUCGAUACUCGGUCCUCGGUGGGAAAGCCGUCGCUCUUGCACUUCCUCGCCAUGUCCUCGGAAGAUUUGUUGAAGCUGCUGCUUCAGGCUUAUGACAAGCAAAUUGAAGUCUUAAUUGAGCACGAGGGCCCCAACACACCACUGCAAAAAGAGCUGCAAAAGGCGCGCGCGUCGGCAGCCCGAAUAAAUGCAGCGAAGGCGGACCGAAGCAUACGGGGGUUGCUGAGGAAAUUUACUGAGCUCGAGCGGGAGAUCAAAGAGGUGGAAGCUCUCGCUCUCAAAGAGGAGACAAACCCAUCGGAUGAAGAGGACGAGGAUAAUGAUGAUGAUGACGACACCGCGGACGAUUAG